AUGGCUUCCAUAACGACAUCUUCGACGGACCAACGGGCUUUCUUAUACCUAGUGGGCGUAGGUGUCACGCACUCGAUAGCUCCUCCUAUGCACAACUACAUCGCGGAAGCAUUGGGUUUUGAUUGGAAAUUCAUUGCUCAGGAAUGCCACACUGUGGAAGAUGCUCUUGAGCUGUUCCGGCUACCAAAUUUUGCAGGAGGUGUUGUGACGAUGCCCUACAAGAAAACUAUUAUGGAGCACUUGGAUGCACUUGAUGAAUAUUCUGUGAAAAUUGGAGCUUGCAACAAUGUCUACAAGACUGUAGAUGGCAAGCUUCGUGGGACAAAUACCGACUGGCGAGGGAUAAAGGGUUGCUUGUUAGACUCGACAUCAGAAGGGAAGGGUAAGCCAGCCCUCAUAAUAGGCGCUGGCGGAGCAUCGCGGGCCGCAGUGUAUGCACUCUAUGACCAACUACAAUGCAAUCCUAUCUACAUUGUGAAUCGUGACGAAGAUGAAGUAAAAGCCCUGCUACACGAUACUAAAAACUACGACGGCGAUCUCUCAAUCGUGCAUCUGACAUCAAUUGAGCAAGCACGUGAGAUUAAAGAGGCACCAUUCUACAUCGUUGGCACUGUACCGGAUUUCGAGCCACGGACACCUGCAGAACUAUCUACGCGCGAUAUCCUUGAGUAUUUCCUUAAAUCGGGUCCUAAAGGUGUUCUGUUAGACAUGUGCUUCAAACCACGAAGAACCCGCAUUCUAAAAUUAGGUGAAUACCACGGUUGGAAUACUGUCGAUGGCACCAUGAUAAUCGCUCAUCAAAUCGAUGAACAAUACAGACUAUGGUGUGGUGAGGUAAAGGCCAAACAGAUACCAAUACAAGGGGCCUGGGCAGUAUUAAGAAAAGCUGCAGAUGAAAGCCCAAGUAUCAACUUUUGA